CGUUAUGCGCGGUUCACACGUGGCUAGUACAGUAAGUCAGUUGCGCUGUAUAACUGGACUGAUAUACAAUCGGCAUAAUGUGAACACUGACUGGCGCCAGUGACUCACUAUAAAGUAUGACUGGUAGCGCAACUGUCCAACUGUACUGACUGAGUGUGAACCGAGCAUUAUGUAUGUGGUAGGUAACGCGUCUGCGCGUGUUAUCGAGCGUGGGCGGGCGCGCAUGGCCAUUGAGCCUCCUAUGUCACUCUGUCACUCCGAUGAACACGCUCCCGUGAUACAGCCCGCAACCGUAUAUAGUGCAACUUGCUUAGAUUCCACAAUGCCAGCUACGUCAAUAUAAAAGUACAUCAAAAGAAGAUAAUUAUGAAAAUCCAUUAUAAUUUAAAUAAUGGGUACAAGUGGUCUUAGGAUCAGUGGGUGUAGAACUGAGGGUACAUUGAGAAUAUGGACGUCCAAAAGCAGCAACUGUGUCCCCGGCUGGUGGAUUAUCUAACUAUAGUGGGCGCGAGACCGUAUACAUCCGGCAAGGGUUUAGCUCCUGUACAGGCUCCGGAGCUGCUGCGUCGAUAUCCACUGACCAAUCACGAUGACUUCCCCUUGCCGCUGGAUAUGGUGUACUUCUGCCAGCCGGAGGGUUGCGUGUCGGUGGGGCCGCGCCGUCAGCUCGCUCACCUCGCCACACGCGAUACAACCUCCUUCGUCUUUACGCUCACAGAUAAGGAUUCCGGUAAGACGCGUUAUGGCGUAUGCGUUAACUUCUACCGCGCGAUGGAGCGCGCGCCGGCGCCGGGCCCUCGCGAGCGCUCCGUGCUGCGCCGCGACUCCUGGCGGAAGUCCAUGGAGAAGAGCUCAGAUUCCGCGUUCUCCAGUGACUAUAGGAGCAGCAACGUCGCGCCGAGCGACUCGGAGCGCGACUGCAGCGCCACGUUAGCACCGCGUGCUACUCCUGCGGCCCCGGCUGACUCGGAGAGCGGCGGCUCGCACUCCCCGAGUCCACGCGCCACGCGGAAACGCCAACGAAUCCGCAAUCACUCCCUCACCUCAUUAUGCCUUUUAUCACAUCAUCCUUUCUUUUCCACAUUCCGAGAGUGCCUGUUUAUCCUUAAAAAGUUAAUAGAUGCCUGCAACGAGUCUUCCAGUCCGCGGCGUGUCGGCGCCUCCAGACAGAUAUUUAGGCAAAUUUGUAAUAAUUUAGGUGUGGACACAUGCCUGAAGGUGUUAACAUUGAUCCUGAUGGAGAACAAGGUGGUGGUGCAGUCGCGGGACUACAACGCGCUGUCGAUGUCGGUGAUGGCGCUGGUGGCGAUGCUGUACCCGCUGGAGUACAUGUUCCCCGCCAUCCCGCUGCUGCCGAGCUGCAUGAGCUGCGCCGAGCAGCUGCUGCUCGCUCCCACGCCCUUCCUCAUCGGCAUACCGGCUACUUUCUUGACUUAUAAGAAGAAUUUCAGAUUACCAGAUGAUAUCUGGCUCGUGGACUUGGACGCCACGAAGCUGAUCUGUCCUACAGGCUCUAAACAGCUUGACGAACAGUGCUGUAGAGCAGGCCGCAGCACCUCUGAUGCCCUCUCGCAGGGACAGCGUCGGCGGGGCUACCUUAAAGUGCGAUUUUUCAAUUCGCAAAACGUGCUGGCGAACUUUAUGGAGCACACGCGAACAUUGCGCCUCUACCCUCGUCCAGUCGUCGCCUUCCAGAUCAACAGCUUCCUGAGGUCGCGGCCUAGGACGAGUUCAUUUCUCAAUAAAUUUGCUAGAACCCAGGCGGUGGAGUUCCUAGCGGAGUGGUCGCUGACGCCGUGCAACGUGGCGUUCCUGCGCGUGCAGACGGGCGUGCUGGAGCCGCGGCAGAUCGGCGACAAGGCGAAGUGGUUCGCGGAGCAGCUGCAGCCGGUGCGCUUCGCCGUCUGGGACGACGGCAGCUCGCUGAACGGCGCGCUGCGCCAGCUGCAGCGCCACGACAACCAGCCCACUGACGAAAGUGGUUCGGAUUCCGAAGCAGCGGAAAGUACAAGUUCUUCGUACUCUUCUCUUAGCGAUUUCGUCUCAGAGAUAGCGUCUUCGGAUUUAUCUCCAGGCGGCAACCCUUACCAACAUGUUAUUGGGGAGACGUAUAACGCAGUAGUGCAAGUGCCAAUGACGCUGUCAUCAUCUUUAGAUCCUAAAACAGUAUACAGUCCUCCAUCAUCUUUGAUGUUUGGGGAGGAGGAGGGCAAGGAGGAGGGGCGCGCCUCCACCUCCCCCUCGCCCUCCGCCUCCAGCUCGGAGCACAGUGACGCCUCCGACGAUGAGGCGCCCAUAGACAAUCAGAAAACUCUCGACUCACAUCCAGUACCCGUCAAAAAAAGCGACACGGACAGCGGUAGCUUCGGGCGCGAGUCGGACUCGAACUCGACUACGACGCCUAAGACAGUGGUGAGCCGCCAGCGCGCGCAAGACAGCGGCAGCGCCAGCGACACCGAGCGCGCCCUCACGCCCGCGCAACAACCGCACCCAGCGCACGCAACGCACCAACACUACACCAAGAACAAGAGCAGUGGUGUCUCGCGACAAGCGUCACAGACGUCUCUCUUGGAGCAAUUCGCGGCUCAGGCCAAAGAGCUGGUCCGUGAAACUACCCGACAGAGCAGCCAGGAAGGACUGUUAGCGCAUAUGGACAAGAAAGGAAAAGCGGCUGAAGACGAUAUGAAAAUAUUUGCUCCUUUCCAACAGCUGACACACCACGCCAAGAAAGCCGCAGAAGAGGCUUCCAAGAGUGUUCAAGAGGCGUCCAAAACCGCGCUGGAAGCGAGCAAAACUGCAACCGCCGUCAGCAAGAACACAUUUGAAGACCUGACUUACGUCGGCAAGUCCACUAUCGGGGACCUCACUAAAAGCGCGAAGGAAGCGGCAGCGAAAAAGGGUUUACUAAUCAAGCUGGUCCAGCACGUCCUGGAGGGCGAGGGCGUGGGCUGGCUCAAACUAAACCGACUCAAGAAGCUGAUGGAAGACGAGUCCUACAGGAACAUGGUGCUCAGCAAACUGAACAAGAACUUCAACAGAAAAACGACGCCUAACGAUAAAGUCGAUGAUGUGUUCGUGAGCAAGCCAGUGUGGAAGGGGAUGCUGAAAGUGCUGCAGGCCGUGGUGCACGGGCUGGAGCACACGUACUCCAACUUCGGGCUGGGGGGCAUGGCGUCCGUGUUCCAAGUGACGGAGAUGGCGCACACGCACUACUGGAGCAAGGAGGUGGCGGGGCUGGAGCAGGGCGCGGGCGCGCUGGGCGGCGCGCUCGCUGACUACCGCCACGACGACACGCCCUCCACGCCCUCCUCCAGGAAGAGCUCCCAAACCGAUAUGCCAGUUUUAAACUAUCCGGAGAUGGACACAGAAACGCAGAGCACCACGGACAUGUUCAAAGAUAUGUUGAAUCAAAAACGAAAUCUUCUCUUCAGCAAAUUAACCUCAUUUGAUUCAGAUGCGGCGCAGUCCUCCGACUGCUCGGCCGACGAGAGCGGCUCCAUCACUACCAACAGAGCCGCUCUCCGCGACCCCCGCGACCCCCGCGACCCUCGCGCCUCCCUUAGGUCCAACCUCUCUGACACUGACGUCAUGUUCGUUAACACGUACAGUCCCAAAAUACGUGUGCUCUGCCUUUGGAAGAAGAACGGUGGCCAGACGCAGUUACACAAAUAUUAUACGAAAAAAUGCAAGGGUCUGUACUACUGCAUCAAGGAGGCGAUGGAGCGCAGCGGGCGGCGGCGCGACGCGGCCGAGCUGGGGGGCGAGUUCCCCGUGCAGGACUGCGCCUCGGGCGAGGGCGGCCUCAUACAGGUGUGCAUGGAGGGCGUCGGUCUACUGUUCCAUCACAGCAAGUUCUUUGUGCGGCUCGACCACAUUCGGAAGUGCUUCACACAAAAUGGCGGUAUCUUCGUUUUAGAAGAAUUUAAUCCCAAAACGAGGCAGAUAAUUCAAAGAAGAUACAAAUCGAUAAUGGCGGAUCAGAUUUGCUACGCGGUGUUGUGCGUGUUCUCGUACUUUGCGGCGGGACAGGAGCAGCGCAAGGCGAUACUGGAGCAGGCGGCGCGUUUGCCGCCCGGCGCACCUGACCCACAAGCAAAACCCCCGGGGACUUCUCAAGCCAAGCCAUCUGGGACUCCCCAAGCCAAGCCAGCAGCGACCCCGCAAGCCAAACCUACAGGUUCUCCGCAAUCCGGCUCCAGAAGGAGUUCUACCUCAGACCUGCCCGAGCCUUCGUCGCCAACUAUACGAACUACCUCUCAAGUAAGCUUUCUAUGACAAUACCUAACGUGACUGCAUAUGUUAUGUAAAUAAAUACUUGCAUCUUUUUACUAGACGCUUGUGUGAUA